AUGACGGGUCUCCCUCUCCCUCUCUCUCUCCCUCUCUCUUUCUCUCUCUCUCUCUCUCUCUCUCGUCUCUUCCUGUGUGCAGAUUCCUGUGAGUUCACUCUGGAUCCAAACACAGCGAACAGUCUUCUCUCUCUGUCUGACGGGAACAGGAAGGUGGAGUGUGUGAGAUCUCACUCGUAUCCUGAUCAUCCAGAGAGAUUUGAUUGGUAUUGGCAGGUUCUGUGUAGAGAGAGUCUGACUGGACGCUGUUACUGGGAGGCUGAGUGGAGCGGGAGGGUUUAUAUAGCAGUAGCAUAUAAAUCAAUCAGGAGGAAAGGACUCACUGAGGACUGUCGGUUUGGACUGAAUGAAAAGUCCUGGAGUCUGUUCUGCUCUAAUAACAGAUACUCUGUCUGGCACAAUAAUAAUGAGACUAAACUCUCUGCUCGACCGUCCAGUAAGAGAGUAGGAGUGUAUGUGGACUGUCCGGCCGGCUCUCUGUCCUUCUACAGCGUCUCUGAUGAUCAAACACUGACGCACCUUCACACGUUCAGCACCACAUUCACUGAACCGCUCUGCGCUGGGUUUUAUAUUUAUUAUCGCUCCUCAGUGUGUUUAAAAUAAAAUCUCCUCCUGAGUGAAACACAAACCAUAAAAAUAUCAGGUUUGUGUGGUUUUAUGUGUAAAACAGUGUAAAGAUUCAUUUUUACAUCAUUUUUAUCUUCAUUCUUUAUAAUGAAACCGUCUGUAUUUGUUUCUGUGUCUUUAAGACUAUAUGUAAAUGAGCUGUGUUCUGAUUGGCUGUGCUGUGCCUCAUUUAUAAAGCAGUUCAGUCUGUGUUUCUCUGGUUUGGAGAUUCAGGUGGAGACGAUGCUCAGAACCAGUGGAAGAUCUACAAUAAAGAACUGAUUAAACUCCCA